AGUGACGUGUCACGCGAGGCGGAAGUGACGCGCGCGGCGUGCAGGCCCGGCCCGGUGCUGGGGGGGGGGGCUCGGACAAGAUGGCUGGCUCCACAGUUAAAGUACCUCGUAAUUUUCGCUUGUUGGAAGAACUUGAAGAAGGACAGAAAGGAGUGGGUGAUGGUACAGUAAGCUGGGGCCUUGAAGAUGAUGAAGAUAUGACACUCACCAGAUGGACAGGCAUGAUUAUUGGGCCACCAAGGACAAACUAUGAAAACAGAAUAUACAGUCUGAAAGUAGAGUGUGGACCUAAAUAUCCAGAAGCACCUCCUACAGUUAGAUUUGUAACUAAAAUUAAUAUGAAUGGAAUAAAUAAUUCCAAUGGAAUGGUGGAUGCACGGAGCAUACCAGUGUUAGCAAAAUGGCAAAAUUCUUAUAGCAUUAAAGUUGUACUUCAAGAGCUAAGACGUCUAAUGAUGUCCAAAGAAAAUAUGAAGCUUCCACAACCUCCAGAAGGACAAACUUACAACAAUUAAUUUUAGCUGAUUCUCAAACUUCUGUCUUAAAACAACAACCUUCUACUCAUGUUAAUGUCUUGAUUAAAUCUCACAAUGCAAACACCCACACAUUAAAAGAAUUUCAGCUGGUAUACAUGACCUGGACAUUUGUAAGAAUAUAUAUAAUAUAUGUAUGCCCAAUAUGUUUUCAGGCACUAUGGGAGAAAAAGGCAGCACAAUUAUUUUUUUCUCUUAUCAAGGCACUGUCAUUUAAGCAUAAGCCUGAAAUAGCCUAAAAUUGGAAUUCAGGUUUUUCAAGAUGAAAGCAUGACAGAAAGUGUCAGAUUGCUGUGGAAUAAUAUAUGUUUCUGAAAAUAAUCUCUUGAGAAGGCAAAAUAUAAAUGGCAUGCUUUAUCCAUCUUGCUUAGUAAAAGAGCUGCAGUUAAAAUUUGUUUUAAAGUAGCAGGUACAGUGAAUACCGUUGCUCAUCUUGUUUAAUUUUGCAAGGGUGUGGGUGCCGACUACUAGUAGUGUCACAAAGUAUGUUCAGGAUUGUUUUGAUACCUGUAUUUAUAAAAUGGGGGGAUUAAUUUCUGUUAAGCAGCUCCUGUGUGUUACAUGUAUCGGACAUGGCAAAUAUUUGUUUACAGUCUUUGUUCUAAUAAACCAUGCAUUUAAGUUUUAGUGAAACAAAGGAAAUGUAUGGAUAUGUGAUUGAGAUUAAAGUUAGUCUUAAAAUGUAAAUAAAAUGUGGAAAGUGUCUGAGGCUGUGCCAUUUCUAUAAUAGUGAUGUAAUAUAUGUACAGUAACUUGCAGAAGUAGUGGAAAGACAAACAUAAUAUUGCUGCUGGUUUUACGUGCACCUUUUAUUCUUACCACUUCUGUAUGCUUAAUUUACUUUAGAGGUCAAAGUAUUUCUUUUGCUGCAGAGGACUAAGUUCUGUCAUCUGUAGUACCACUUCUUUAGACAAACUUGCACUGUAUAUUUAAAAACAAGCAACCCCUGACCUCAAAACAAAACCAAAAAACUCAUCUAACCUUUCCUUCUUUGCCUCCCCUCCAGAUUCUUUGGAGAAAUGAGCACAACUUUCACUUGGCUUACUUGACCUCUGAGCAGUCUUCAGACCACAUUGCUGAAGUCUUACUUAGUGCUCUGUCUUGCUUUGGCGGUUGCUGCCUUGUUUCAUGCUUUCUUGCAUCUUUUUCUCCUUUACGUUUCUUUCUUUUUUCUUGUCUGUUCCACGUUUGCCUCUUCUUGGGGAAAAAAAAUAACCUCUGGAAGCUGUAAUAAAAAUUACAUGCGUAUUACAGAGCAUUGUAUUUCCAUCUGCAUUUCAUCUGUCACCUGCCAUUAUGCCAUUGUCCUCUUCGCUAGAAUGCUUGUUGCCUCUCUUGCAGCUCCUGGUCUGUUUUUUCAAUGUGUUCUGUCUGCUGGGAACUCGGGUUUUAGUUCUUACUGAUUUAUCAUAAGAAAGUAAGCUAAAGCUAUUCCUUUGGAAAUAAGACCUCUCUUUUUCUCCUCUUGGAAAAUGCAAGUGUUUGUUCAUUUCAGUGAGACCAUGUAACAUUGGGAGCAAGUCGACUAUUUGCAUUCAAGAUUUUAUUAGCAGUUCUUUUGAAAAAGUGAACUUAAUCGAAAGCCAUCAAGUCAGGUAAUUUUGUUUGAUAUGCCUUUGCUUAUUUCUCAUGUAAAGAACCUCUAAAAGCAAUAAACUAGGUGUCUUUUUUUUUUUUUUUUUUUUUUUUUUUCCAGUUGAGAGAUUUAAUUAAUAUUUGUCAGUUUAUGCCUUUUUUGACAAAUUUGGCACUUCUACAACUGGUGGAACUGUAGCUGCCAGCUACCUCUUGUCUGUAUUUAUAUACAUAUCAUUUGUGACGGUGUGGCUGAAGUACAUUGCAACAUUUUCGUGAUUUUUCAUUUGAAAUAUCUUGAUGCCAUUAAAUCUUUCUUACACUAACAUUGCUAAUCUAUAUUUAAUUAAAAUAAUGGAACCAU